AUGAGUACGUUUGGCAGUCCAGGAGCGUUGCCUUCAACAAAGCCGACGCCUCCACAACGAGGGAGCUUUCCGCUGGAUCAUGAAGGCGAAUGCAAGAAGGCCAUGCAGGCAUAUCUUGUGUGCAUGAAAAAGGUGCGCGGCGUCAAUGAGGAUGAGUGUCGUGAGCUCGCAAAGGGGUAUCUGAACUGUCGCAUGGACAAAAACCUCAUGGCUAGGGAUGAACUGAAGAAUCUGGGUUUCGCAGAGCGUCCGAAGCCAAAAGAGCCAGAGAAAGGCACCCUUGCUCCGCGCACCGGCCGCUAUCAAUCAAACGACGCCCAUCUCCCUGGAGCUCAUAUAAAUUCACGGUCUCGGCAAUUAACAACACUCCUUGCAUCUUCAACGCACUGCGCAUUCCAUCCGAACUAUCUAUCCGAACUUCGCAACAACCGCCUGCAACGUCCUGGCGGCGCGCGCCCCCAGCCUUCCGGUGCCCGCCCAGCACCAAGCCGAGCCAGCACUGUUGGACGCCCCAGCCUAGACACCAUUCCGCAAGCCGACAGCCAGACCAGCACCAGCCUCCCUCCCCAGCCUCGACGCGUUCCAUCCCAGGCCCCGAGCGUGGGUGCUGCCAGCGUCUCGUCGCGCCUCUCGACAUCUUCACGUGGUCGCGACUACUAUCCCCAGGAGCGCACAGCAGCAGCACCAUUGCGGGCGUCUGAGGUCGUCCCGACGUCGUCGUACAUUGAGCGGGGUCAGCGGUGGAUGGAGAAGGAGGAGGCAUUUUCACUGCGUGACGCCAUGGAUGACAUGCGUUUGCGCGAGACACCGGAGCAAUCUGCAUCCCCCGAGCCCAACGACGACGCUCGCCUGUACGACGCUGCUCUCAACGAGGCAGCUGAGCUCGUCUGGCAGCACCAGAACCCUGACAAGAUCCCACAGCCAAAUGGCCCCUACCGUUACCGACCACAUCUUAGAAAGAACAGCUACGCGCACGCCCGCGCGGCGAGCGCAGGUCGGUACGGAGAGGACAUUGCGGCAAGCGGCUUGGCUCGGGACAGUGGCGCUCGCUCUGUUUCCGCCAGCUCCUCGGACAGCGACGGGGCCUCUCGCAUGAGUCGCCCCUCCGUGGACUCUGUCCGCACCCAGACCAAACCCUAUGGAAGCAUGGGCUCGCGGGCGCCCGUCUUUCACAGGCGGCGCAGCAGCAUGAAGCGCAAUGUGAGCGGCGAAGUGGAGAGGCCUUUUUCUGGUGAUCAGAUAUGGGAGGAACCUGAGUCGGCGUCCUCUCGCGGGUCAGCCAGGACGGGUCGCGCGUCGCCAGACAAGCUUGUCAGCAAGCCGACCAACCCUUUGAACCGAGUGCGGUUCGACUCUCUGCGCGAAGAAGAGGCAUCGCCGGGGAAGCCCUUGGAUCGCGUCGAGAUUUACCGGAACCCACCCACAAAGUCCCGGGAUGCCCUGUACACCAGCAACGCUGGACUGCCAGAGCCCCCCGUGGAUGAGACAGUGGAGCGAAAGGAUGGUAUCGAGGUCCGCAGCCAGGACAUUCGCAACGCCACCAGUAUGAAGCUUAGGGACCGCAGCGCCAAGCUGCCAGAGCCCACUGCCGUCAGCGACAGCCCUGGCCGGCCAAUUGUAAGCUUUGAUGCUAAUUGGAGAGCCCCGGAGGAGUCAACUGAUAGCCACCCAGCAGAAUGCCAGCAGCGGCAGCGACAGCAACAGCCACAACCUGAGGCAGCCGGAUCGCCAGCCAGAGGCCGCUUCCAGACAUCGCAAGCCCGGCCUGUGGGUAUCCCUACUAUCUCUGUGGAGGAGAGCGACGCGCCGCGGACACGGGCGUCGCCAAAUGCAAGUGUGCCGUCCUUCAGCCUAGAAGGCCCUGACGAUGCAGCAGCGCGUCCUCUGCCAGAGAUCAACGUGCCGACCAUUGCUGUUGAUGGGCCUGCUGGCAAUGCGGACGCGUCCAUCCCUGUCAUUGUCACCCCAGAUGACGGCGGCACGGCCUCUCCUCGACCAUUGCCCGAAAUUCACGUCCCAGGCAUCUCUGUCGACUCGCCCAAGGGCGGCGAUAGCAACGUGCCUGCCGUGGUCGCCCCACGUGGUGGCAACAGGGCGCCCCGAGCACAGAGACCUCUCAGUCACUGGUCUCGCGCGCCGGGGGCUCCCCGAGACAAGACACUUUGUCAUGAGUGCGGCUAUUCCAUCGAGGGCCGCUUCGUAGCCUUGGCUGGUACGUCCGAGCGUUUCCAUCCAAAGUGUCUGAGUUGCUACAUCUGCGGCACCAGCCUUGAGGCAAUGGAGAUCAGUCCUGAGCCUGAUCGACAGCGGGCCGAGCGCCUUGAGCGCAUCCAGCGCCGGGCUGCCGGCGAGAUCCUCGAGGAGACGCCCGGGCAAACAAUGGCGGAGGACGGAGACGACCGGCUUCGCUUCUACUGCCACCUGGACUGGCACGAACACUUUGCCCCCAAGUGCAAGCACUGCAAGACAUCCAUCCUUGACGAGCACAUUGUGGCCCUGGGCGAGCACUGGCACUACGGCCACUUCUUCUGCGCCGAGUGCGGCGACCCCUUUGAGCAGGGCAUGACGCACAUUGAAAAGGAUGGCUACGCCUGGUGCAUCAAGUGCCAGACCAAGCGAACCGAGAGACGCGCGCCCAAGUGUAGGAAGUGCCGGACCGCCGUCAUCGGGGAGUACAUCCAGGCGCUGGGCUACGAGUGGCAUGAGCACUGCUUCCGCUGUGCCGAGUGCAAGGGGGGUUUUGAAGAUGGACAGAUCUUCCCCAAGGAGGUUCCUGGCGGGACGGUCAUACUCUGCACGACGUGCCGUACCCGUGAGUUGAAACGAUGA